UCUCCCAUCAUAACAUGAACACCUAACUUCCGCUAACUCAACUAUCGAGACAUCCAUUACCCGCCAUCGACUACUCCAUCCCGCUAUGCAGUGUAGCCGUUGAGAAGAGACUUUAGUCAUGGCUAAAUCCCCGGGCCAGUCCUUCAGAUUCCAUGUUUCCGGCGUCCUCGUCUUGAUCCACCUGGCACCAUGGUGAGACCCCCGGAUCAGUGCCCUGAAGUUGCUGCUGGUCCGUAGGCCUUCGUAAACCACCUACCUGGCAAGGGGAAAGGGGGGGGGCCUUUUUUCAAACCGUGGCACGCCUCGGUGGUCGUUCGCUAAGCAACAUGUGGCGCUCAGUGCGGUGCUCCCGAUUACUCCUGGGAUUGGCCCUCCUACUGUUCCUGCUCAUCCCGCUCGUGGUCCAUUACUUUUGGCUCCAGGAUCUGUCCCGAAAUAGCGAGCACAAUUCAGCCCAUGCAUUAGCCAGUGGUGGCGCCACUCAUCUGGAUGGCGUCCAUCUCGAUAACGCCUUGGACCAACUAGCCGCGGCUGAGCUGGUCCGUAAGACCUUGGGCUUGUCCGGGGAUCCCAGUGGUCCGGUGGAUGGACCCGCCUCGGAGAAACGAAUUCAGGACCUCAUGCGCAUCAAGCACUCCGUUCAAAAUGAGUUGCAGACGCUCGAAAGCCAACGGACCGAGAUGCAACGUCAGAUCGCUUCGUUUCAUCGCAAGAUUGAGGAGCUCCGGACCGAGGCCACCCGCCAUCAAACGGAUUUGGAACGCCUACGUUUGUCCAUUCAACAGGCGCAAGUAGCCUUGAACGAGUUCCAAACGCGAAACACACCCGAGAUACGAGCCCCUCGGCCGUUGGCUUUGGAUUACUCCCAACGAGUCGCCCUGGUGGGGCUCCCCUCCAAUCAAAUGGAGGGCCAAUGCACCAUGGGACAUUGUUUCGAUUAUUCGGCCUGCCCUCUGAGCUCACCUAUGUCGGUCUAUGUAUAUGAGGUCCACCGACAUCGGAACAUCUUACCCCCGGACCUGGUUUUGACGGACCAAGGGCGACAGGCUUGUUUGUUUUUAGUUUGGGUGGAUCGAGUAGAUGGUUCUUCGUUGGAGCGGCUCGAAUUUUGGGCCGGGGAUGGACGCAAUCAUAUAGUAAUGGUCACGGGUCAAGAUCCAAUCCCCGCACAUUCUUAUCGCGCACUCAUUGGCUCGACCUCGUUUUCUCGGCGGUCUUUUCGUUCGGGUUUUGAUUUAGUGGUGCCCAAUCAUCUCUCUAUUCCGGACUUGGUUGACGAGCCUUGGCGGGAUACUCCCCCCUUACUGCCACUUCAUAGACGCUUUCUGGUGUCGUAUCAGGAUCAUCAGGAUCUAGUUCAAUUAACAGAGUCAGAACGUGCGCUUUUUGAGAGUUUGCGACAAAUCGGUUUGGAUCAAACGGAUGAUCAAGUGUCACUGGAAUUGAACUGCCCCAUCUCUGAAGAGGAUGGGCUGUGUCAUACGGAUGAUAAGCGAGCUCACACUCUUGAAUCUUCGACGUUCACUUUAAUCCCAAUCUUGGGACCACCGAUGCUAUCCAGUGCACAAGUGCAGCGGCGACUCUUUGAAGCUUUAAAGCAUAACUCGAUCCCUGUGAUAAUUGGCCAUCCGUGGGCGUCUUUGGCCAUUCCCUUUUCGGAACAAAUCUCCACUUCGGACUUCAUCGUCACUUUACCUUUAGCCAGAGCUGGAGAACUGCAUUAUUUGCUGAGAUCGUUCCCAGAUUCUGACUUGUUUCAUAUGAAGCGAAAAGGUAGUUUGUUUUGGAAAACGUACAUGUCUUCGAAAGUGAAAGUGAUUCGCACGGUGGUCAAUAUUGUCAGAGAACGACUUCAUAUCCCGCCACCUCCAUUUUCGGAUGUGGCGUCACCCAGUGUUUUUGAUCAAGACCAUCCUCGAUCGAUUAUGGAAAGUCUCCCCGUCGAAAUGGAGCCUAGUGAGCCUCUCGGCCCCUUGGAGCCCCCUAAAGCCUCCGUACCCUUUAGACGGAACCUCUCGACCAUAGUUGUUGAUGGAUAUGCUCGAUGGAAUGAACGUUUCGAUCCCUUUCAGUUACCUCCAAGCACUCCUUGGGAACCCGUUUUACCUACAGAUGCCAAGUUCAUGGGAUCAUCCGUGGGAUUUCGUCCCAUAGGUGAAGGCGUGGGUGGAGCUGGGAAGGAGUUCAGUCAAGCUCUUGGUGGCAACAAACCAGCGGAACAAUUCACGGUGGUCAUGCUCACGUACGAGCGUGAACUUGUUCUCAUCGAUGCCUUGGUCCGAUUGUAUGGCUUGCCAUUCUUGAAUAAAGUGGUAGUGGUUUGGAAUUCUCCACAAGCACCCAGUGGUGACUUGCAAUGGCCGGAUAUCGGUGUACCUAUUGAGGUAGUUCGGACGGCAGUCAACAGUUUGAACAACCGGUUCUUGCCCUUUGACGUGAUUGAAACCGAAGCCAUUCUUUCUGUGGACGAUGACGCCCAUUUACGUCACGACGAGAUCAUUUUUGGAUUCCGGGUUUGGCGGGAAAACCGGGAUCAGUUGGUGGGUUUCCCUGGACGAUAUCACGCGUGGGACUUGGAGCACAACUCUUGGAAUUAUAAUUCCAAUUACUCAUGCGAGCUCUCCAUGGUGUUGACGGGUGCUGCCUUUUAUCAUAAGUAUUACAACUACCUAUAUUCUUCUGUCAUGCCUAAAGCAAUUCGUACAAAAGUGGACGAGUUCAUGAAUUGUGAAGAUCUGGCCAUGAACUUCCUUAUCUCACAUGUCACUCGAAAACCUCCGGUCAAAGUGACCUCUCGUUGGACGUUUCGAUGUCCGGGUUGCCCAGUUUCGCUCUCCGAAGACGAUACUCAUUUCCAAGAACGACACAAAUGUAUCAAUUUCUUCAUGGAGGUAUAUGGUUACAUGCCUCUUUUGUUCACUCAAUUUCGAGCCGACUCGGUGCUAUUCAAGACUCGAAUUUCUGCCGACAAGCAGAAGUGCUUUAAAUUUAUCUAACCCCCGUCUCAUCCUUUCAUCAAUACAAUUGUUGAAUAAUGUGCCAUAUUUCUAAUAAAUUUAAAUGUGUA